AUUUCAGGAGCUCGAUGUUCCAUUGGUCUGACACGGAAACCACUUCCAUAAAGAGGACCCAGUGCUUCUGCUGAUGUAUCAUCCGACACCAUAAAUACCGUGUUUCAUGUUUCACUGCCUGUUGCUUGCCACUGUGCUAGUCUUCCCUUCUUCCUCCAGGUGUGUCCUGCCCUCUUCCUCUUCCUUUCAUAGGGUGUGAAGCACAACAACAGCCAAGAUGUCAGAAAAAAAGAUGACGUCGAGUCGCAGGCAUCAUCUGAAGAGCUUGGUGCUCCAGAUAGCAUUUGAGCUGAUUGAAGUCGAGAAAAAGGAGGCUGAGCAGGUGAAAAAAAAUUUCAUGGCUGAGAUCCCUGGCCUGGAUUUGUCUGGAGAUCAAGCGACGCUGAUGGAAAUGCUCAAAAAGAUGGCCCAUACCAUUGACAAGAUUGAUGAGGACAGAUAUGAUGCAGAAGCAAAAGUGUUGAAGGCUGACAAAGAGAUUGAGGACUUGAAGAUGAAAGUGAUUGAGAUCCAGGGCAUGAAGAAGCCAGCCCUGAAGAAAGUGCGUAUGUCUGCUGAUGCUAUGCUCCAGGCUCUGCUGGGCACCAAGCACAAGGCUUCCAUGGAUUUCAGAGCCAACUUGAAAGAAGUGAAGAAGGAGGUCAAAGAGGAGGCAGCGGAUGCAGUUGGUGACUGGCGCAAGAACGUUGAUGAACAGGCUGGCAUGGACGGCAGGAUGAAGAAGUUUCAGGGUUAAACACAGCUGUCUUUUGUCGUAUUGUGGUACAGAGAUGGAUUUAUAUGACCUUGUUGUUAGGAAUCCCUGCAGGAAGAGGAUCUUUGAUCCGAAAUGCUGUUAUUUUUUUUAUACUGUAGCUGUUCAACUAUUCGACACUAUGGUUUUGGAUCUCUUUCUCUCUCUGUCUCGCUCUCUCCGCCAAAUAAAACAAUAAAAAAAAAAAUUAAAAGCUUG